UUGUACCCAGGUACCAUGGUCCCGAGAGGAACGGGGAACGUGACACCGAAGGCCAAGUCGACGAAGUUGCGAUUAUUGGACACGUGGCUGCCGGGCGCGUGGCCUAGCCGCACGUGUCUCCGGGAGCUCGGGCCAGGCGCGCGGCUUGGAACCGAGCCUGAGGAAGACACCGGGGGCAGCAUGGCGGACGGCGCCGAACAGCGCCAGGACAGCCCCGUCGAAAAACAAGAGGCAGAUGAUGACGGGCAGUCCGGCCUGCUUUCGUGCCGGCUGUUCGCGGUCAUCGCGGGCGCCGUGUUCAUGGCGCUGGUGGUCCUGUUUGGCGUCCCCAAGGACGAGCAGCAGCGCGGACUGUCUACAGCCGCACGUCACGACCACCCCGCGAUGCACAACGUCCAUCAGCCAGGGGCCUGGUCCAAUUUCUCGGGAAGCUUCUCUCUGGCAGACGGACGCAACGCCGCGGACCGGCAAAACAAGACUCCUGGCACACAGAAGGACCAGUCCACCGAACCGCGCCCGCUGCUGUGCGUGGUGUCUCGAUCACUGAACAACCCGAUCCAGUUCCCACGCAAGCACUGCACGCACAUCGUCUAUCAGGAUGUGACCUUCAACCCGACGACCGGAAAGUUCACGCCGGUGAACUCUGCAACCUUUGUGGCGCUUCGAACGCUGGUCGAGGUAACGCGGCAACGGGCGCUGAUGGCUGUAGCCAACCUGGAGCAGCAUCGAGCACCCGACGACGCGCGCCGCCUGGCCACGGCUUUGGUCAUGUGGACCCCGGCGUUAGGAUUUCAUGGCGUUGCUGCGCUCGGUAUCCACACCGCCUCCGACAAGCUGCCGGACUUGGGCGCACUAUUCAAGGAGCUGCACAAUGCCCUGAAGCCGGAGAAGCUGGAAUUUCUGGCGGCCGUGCAUAUUCGUGACUGGGACAUUCCUUCAGGCCUCGUCGUUGGCCGGCUCGCUUUUAUUGCACCGCACCUGGACUACCUUGUCCUGGGGACGCAUUUCGACAACCGCUACAACAGCUGCCACAUCGCGUACUCGUCGGUCUUCUACUCGACGGGCGCCCAGCCUUCGCCCAGCGUGCCCAUCGGCCAGGCGCUCUCGUGGAUGAGCAGCCUGCUGAUGGAGCAGCGGCAGUACGUCACCACCUGCUUCUCGAUCAACAUGGGCGCCGUGGUGUUCCGCGACGCGACGGAUAUGCGCGGAUCCUGCUCGGGCAGCGACCUCGUCUCGUACAUGCAGGUGUGUAAGGGUGGCGAGUGGCGCCACUCGACGGUGGCCAACUUGGACGCGCUCUCCGUGCUGCGGCUCGGACACGGCCGCGCGGAGAGUCACGAGGACGACCCGCUGCUCUCCAGCAAGGUGAGCCACGCGUUGGCCAACUACCCGCGGGCCUGCGUGGUCGCCUACGAUGUCGAUCUCGACGACUACGAGGGACAGUGCGACGCCGAGCCGUUCGCUAGGCUGCGUAACCUCCGCCGUGCUGAAGUCCGUAAUGACCCACAAAUGGCAGCGCAGACCUUGGCAAAGUCGCCCAACGAUGAACUGAAGAAACGCUGCAUGCCAUCUGGCAGUGGGAACAAGCGGCCACUGGUGUGUGUGCUGUCUGAUCGCAUCGAUGUCGACCGGAACGUGUCCAAACUCUUCUGCACUCACAUCGUGCUCUCUCUGCGUCGCUACGGUCGGUUGGACGCCCUGAAGGACAUCACCAAAGAGUACGUGGCUCAGCUGCGCGGCGCGGCGCCUCCGGGCGUCCGCGUGCUGGUGGCGCCGCACGAGCACGCCCUCGAGCAGAGCCACGAAGGCGAGGCCGUGCGCCUGGCCGAGGCCACCGCGGUGCAGCUCAGAGCCAAGCAGCUCGACGGGCUCGCCUUCCUGCACGUAGCCCGCACCAGCGCGGCGCUCGUCGAGCUCGGCCCUGCGCUCGAGGUUCUGCACGAAACCUACAAGGCCGCCAACCUCUGCCUGGCUCUAGAUCUCCAAAUUCUUGAUCCGAACACUCCGGCCGAAGAAGUCGGAAAAUCCCUCUCGCUCGUUGCCAAGCACGUUGAUCUGCUUGUGGUGAACACGCACUACCCGGGCCGCAUGGGUCCUUGUCGGGCUGUGCCACUAGCCUCUGCAGUUCAGCCGGCACGGUCCUGCAUUCCCACCGUGGCAACUGACACUGCGGUGCAGUGGCUCAAGGUUGUGAGCGAAGAGGGCCUCACUCUGGUCUGCCUGUCCGUGGACUUGCGCGCCCUUCGCUUCCGCGCUUACGGCACGGUGGCACCCUUCGGCUCCUGCCGGCGCGAGGAGGCGCUGGACUUCCCCACAGCUUGUACAGGUGGCUCCUGGACUCAGGUGCACAGUGAUUCGCGUGACAGCCCCAUGUGGCAGAACGGUUACAACCUGCAGACGUAUGAAACGGCAAGCUCCCUUACACAGAGGGUUCGGUCAUUGCUUCCCCUUCCCAACGCGGGCGUCGCUGUCUUCAACUUGGACUACGAGGACUACGCUGGGGUCUGCAAUGAUGGCGUGCCUCAGGCUCGGCUCAUGGCACUUAGGGCGGCACUCGACGAGGAGAAUAUCACCGCCCAAACUACGCUAACCCUUGAGGCCCCCGAUCGUCCACUCGUCUGCGUGCUGUCCGCGGCCGUGAGGAACGAGUCCCGCGUGCCGUCGUCCCACUGCACACACCUGGUGCACGAAGGCGCUCGCUAUUCUGUAACUGAAGAGAAGCUCGUAAUUCCCGAGAACACGGUCAGUCUGGCCGCGAACCGGAGCAAGCAGCGACACCUCGUUGGACUGAACGGCAACGAGGUGGUAGAGCUGCUCAUGACGGCCAACGACAGGGACAGGCACGAAAUCGCCGCCAGGAUGGCUUCCGCCGUGCUCGCUGCCAAAAUGCAAGGCCUGGCCAUCCUCAACUUCAACAGGACGUCAAAGACGAUCGCAAGCUUUGGAAGCGUGCUCGAGGUUAUACGGAGCGUUUUUGCCAAGGAGCUCACCAUAAUAUUCGGUGCCGAAGUUCUGGACUUCAGCCUACCAGCGGAGAUCAUGGGACAGCGCCUGACUAAAGCAGCCAAGAACGUGGACAUAUUCAUCCUGCAGACACACUACCGGCGGCCACGCGGUUAUUGCCGCAUCAGCUACCCGUCCACGUACAGGGGAGAUACACCACUCGUCACUCUGUCGGCAGCCACUGCGUGGGCCCGGGCCAUGGAGACUACCCACCGUGUGUGCUUCUCCUACACAUUGGGCGUGCUUCAGUUCCAGAAGGGAGACGCCAUGGGACCGGUCGCAUGCGACAAUGUUACCCUCCUUGACCGAGCCGAUGCAUGUGACCAGAAAGACUGGGAAGUGGACGCAAACAAUACAAAAACUCUCUCCGUCAUUCGCAAAAAAGACAAAUUCAUACAGACGUUCGAGUCGGCUGAGUUCCUGGCCGAAAAGGUUUCGCGAACGUUGAGCGAAAAUCCAGGGAGCUGCGUAGCCUUGUUCAAUGUCGAUCUCGAGGACGCUACGGGCAACUGCGGCAACACGCACGCACGCAAGUUCGCCCGCCUUGCGGUUGUGGCAGAGAAGUAUAUUGAACUCGAUAGCAGGAUCAAGUCCAAGCAUCAGCUCCUGCCUAUGCUGACGAAAGUUGUGCCUAACGACACCGCCGCAAAUUUAGCAGGUUACCUCCCACACUUUGCUCCCGAACGUGUGGUUGGAUUCAAAGCGCGGACUACCGUUUACCGACCUGACAUCUUGGGAAUGCCAGAAAAAAGACCGUUCGUGUGCCUGUUCAGCCCGUCCUGGACGAAUGCAAGCGUUAGCCCGGUUCCUUCACGAUGCACCCACGUGGUGCUCAGCGCCGAAUCGCUUGACGCUCCCAAUUCGACUGCGACAACGAGUGAACGGCAGGCUGCACUCGAGCGCCUUUCGCGGAGCCUCGGUCGGGACGUGAAGCUGUACGUGCGCCUGCAAGGCUGGCGCCGAGACAUUGCCGCCAAAGCACAGGCAGUGCAGGAUGCCAUGAGGCUCUCGUACGCCCAGGGCGUGGCGCUCACUGACAUUCGCAUUGCCUCUACCGAUGCAGCGCAGCUCGCUCUAGGAAUACAGGCGCUGAUGGAGCAGAUGCCCAAAGACACGUCCAUGAUUCUUGGCUUAGAAAUGAGCGAUUACGAUGAAGCCGGCCAGUUGCUGUCGCAAAGGCUCGCACCUCUCUACGAGUACGCAGAUGUUGUGGUGCUGCAGACGCAUCUGAGGACUGGACACAGCUGGCCUUUCUGCCGGACGACCUAUGCUUCCCUGUUCGAUCAUCCAUCCGACGACUCCUGCCUCCAGACGCCGCCCGCGGUGACAGCUCUGAGCUGGAUCAAACUGCUUCAGCCAUUCUCGGUGCCUACCUGCCUGUCGCUCAACAUGGCCGCCGUGAAGUUCAGGGCCUCGAAGAACGCGACGCCCGAGGCAUCCUGCGAGGACGCCCUAGAGACGAACGACGUUUGCACAACGCAAGAGUGGCCGAGCGCAGCGGACUCCAAGUCGAAGCUGGCUGCCUACCGUUAUAAGGACGGCUUCUCUGUUACCAUGGAGACAGCGGAGCUGUUGCACGAGAAGUUGUCGCGGGCGCACCGGCUUUACCCUCGUUUCUGCGUGGCACUCUACAACGUGGACGUGGACGCCGAGCCAUGUGAGGGAUCGGACCUCUCCUUUGCGCGCGUCGCCCAGAUCGCCGACGCGGCCCAGUACAAGCACCGCAAGCCGACCAAACAUGAGCCAAGGGGGAGAGAUUCAGGGGGAAGUCUAGAUGACGACUCCUGGCCGAGAACAGCUGUGCAGAACGCGACAUCCAGCUAUGCCCUUGUGUGCAUCCUGUCGGCCUCAGCGCUGAACGUGGAAACCUUUCCAAUGCGGCUCUGUUCCUACGUGGUUUACACGCGCCGAGUGACUCCAGGCGCUCCGCCGCAGCCCUUUGUCCCCCACAAUGAUCCCAAGUUCUCCAAGUUCGUGCGCCGAUGCGUAGAGACAGAGAGCAACGGUCUCGUUGCCGUCACGCCUCCGAUGCUGGCUACGCUGUUCACUGACAACUCAACGCUCGUUGUUGACGCCCUCAAUGGCGUGAUGCGCCGGCUAGCCGACAGCAAGAUAGCAGGUCUCGCUGUUUUCGCGACUCCAAGCGCUGACCUUCAAGCACUGGCGAGCAUGACGCAGGCGGCAUUCAAGCUCCUGAAGGACAAGUUCAAGAUGGUCGUCGGAGUGCAUGUCAUGAAAUUUGACGCUCCGGUGCUCAAGGAGCUGAGCAAGAGUAGCCACUUGCUCGUGCUCUUCACUCACAGCAUGCUUCGGGGCUCUAACUGCACCGUCACGGCUCCCAGCUCGUUAUCUCUCACGCCGUCGCACUACGAACUCAUGAAACAAAUUCCCACGCUAGAAGGUGGCCGACAACCGUCUACGUGCAUCUCUGUAAAUUUUGCCGUCAUGGGCUUCAAGACCCGUUCCUCGAAUGCCUCGCUGGGAGACGGCUGCGUGAACAGAAGGCUGGAGUCGUACGACCAUACAUGCUGGGCCGCCGGCGACUUGUGGCAGGCGACGCCGCUGCUUGUGCACCGCCACAACAGCAGCUGGGUGCAGACGUUCGAAACUGAGCGCUCGGUGGACUCCGCGGUGCGACCCUUCCUGGAGGCGUACCCGCAGGGAUGCGCCGCGGCCGUGUACGCAGACUUCGAGGACGCCUCGGGGACCUGCCGGCCACGCUACUCGCGACUGCGGGCGCUGUCCGCACUGAUGACCGCCAAGGCCGCCGAUACCUCGCCGGCCGCCAAUUCCCUGCCGACCGAAGCGGAGUCCGUUACAGGUUCGCUGCCGACAGCUCCACCUGAGGACAUGAUCUCUACUCACAUCACCAAGCGAAACAAGAUGGUCUGCUUCGUGACACCGUCUUCACACAUCAUGACCGACCUACCUGCCGACUCGUGCGACUACCUGGUUCUCUCGACGCAGAACUUCACCGCUAUCGAGAAUGUCACCGCUCUCUUCAGUCGAUGGAAGGAGCUCAUGACGCCGCUGUCGCACAAGACCCGUCUGGCGCUCGGGAUGAACGCACGCACUCUGGUGUCACUCUACAAGGGCGACUACGCAGCCGGCGUGCUGCUUGUCGAGUCCGUUCCUUCGUGGUUGAAGCCCAACGGUGGCAGCGCCCUGGCUCUGCUCGCUGGAUCGCUCGCCUCGCAAGACGAGCUGCUGCUCUUCCGCAUUCUCAAGGAUUUGCGAUCAGCACUCGACCAGGCCGGAAAUCCGGCACCUGAAGUCAUCUUCGCCGCGUCCUCCGACAGCGAACUCUUCCACAAGGAACUUAUCGAGCUGUCUGACGUGUUCGUUCUCGUGGACCAUCACAUCCCUCGGGAGGCCGGCUCUUCCUCCUGUAAGGUGUCCUUCCCCUCAGUUUCACCGAGGACGUCGUCGCUGACGUCGCCCAUGCUGAUCGCCAAGGAUCUGAUGCAUAGAGGCACGGAGAACAAGACGUACUGUAUUAGCAUCAACCUAGCCGUACUCAAGUUCGGAACCAGCGCCGACAACCUCGCCGACGGCAGCCACUGUGACUCAGAGGACGAGGUCGCCUAUUCCGAGGUGUGCCAGAGAAACAACGCGAUUCCCGUGUACGAUAUGAACUGGAUGACUGCGUCCCUUAGGGACAGCAAGAAGAUCUACACCUUCGAGAAGGCCGAGAUGUUGCUCUCAAAGGUCCUCUUUCUGAAGGCAUGGUUCCCAAGUCUCUGCGUGGCAGCCUUCCACGCCGAGCUAGACGCCGUCGACAGGGAGGCGUGCCCGCAGUCCGAACAGUACGCAAGACUGCUCAGCGUUCGCAGGGGACUCGACUCCUCCGUCCAUGGAGAAAGUCAUUGGAGAAACGCCGCAGACGGUGCCUGACAAACAUCCUGACAUGGAGUCUGUUUCUCGGUUCUUCAGAGGAAUCGGCGCCCGCCCUUUUAUGUUACACUAAUUUAAUAUUACACUUGGCCCCCGGUGUCGUA